AUGGCGGACGACAGAGGAGAGGGUGACCCCCUAGAGGCAUUGACUUCAAAAAUUGAUUUCAAGAUGAAUUUACUCAACGAUGUCAUGGCUGAGCACAGAGAGGUAAAACAAGUAAUCAGUGGGGUCAUGAAAGAAAAGGAGAGUCUCCAACAAGAGAAGGAGAGGCUCCAACAAGAGAAGGAGAGGCUCCAGCAAGAGAAGGAGAGGCUCCUGCAUGAGCAUCUUGAAAAUGGAGAGGCUUUAGCAAGAAUGAAGGAGGACAUUUUAUCAUCCAAGAAAACAUUGGUGGAAGCAAGGGAUGCACUUGUGUCAUCAUCAGAGGUGAUUUCUCAAAAGGACAAAUACAUGGAGUUUCUAAAGAAAAAGCUUCAAGAGAGGGAAGCCAAGAAUAAUCAAGCUGAGCAACAGGGUGGUACUAAGCCUAUUGAACCAGGAGGGGUGCAAAUAAGGUCAAUGCAGAAGAGGAAAAGGCCAUCUGAAGGACCUUUGGACUAUGAUUCUGGCACAAAUGAACCUACAAGCCAAUUGGAUGACCGAUCGCUGUCUCCUUUGGAAUCGCUGGGAAAUCCUAAUGUGCAGACAAGAUCAAUUAAGAUGAAGAGAAGGCUAUCUCAAAGAACUCUGGGUAAUGAUGCUGACAAUCUUGAGGCAAUAAAAGAGGGCCCCAGGCAAGAGGUGGCCAACAACCCAACUGUUGGGCAAACCUCAGGUGUUCAGUUGUGCGAUGAAGAUGACCUAGAGGCAAUCAUAGAGGAGCUGAUCAAGGGAUUCCUUGAAAUUGGUUAUGGUCAUGGUAGACGGAAACUUGGGAUAAAGGAAAUGGGGGAGCUGAGUGAGAAGGCAUUCAAGACUGCCUGUCGUGCCAAGGUACCUCCUGAAGAAGUUGGUGCGGCAUUUGAUCAGUUGUACUCAUCAUGGCAGCAGCAGCUUGGUGACCUAAGCUGGUAUCCCUUCAAGAGUGUCACAAUUGAUGGGAAUUGUCAGGAAAUUGUGAAUUUGGAUGAUGAUAAACUGCAAGAGCUGAAAAGGGUAUGGGGACAGGAUGCCCACGAUGCUGUCGUUACUGCACUGGUGGUGGAAAUGAAAGAAUAUGACUGCCUGAGCGACAGAAGCAUUGCCUAUGAGCUAUGGAACUACAAGGAGGGGAGGAAGGCCACUACGAGGGAGUGUGUUGAAUACCUGUUCAAUCAGGUGAAGCUACUUUCGGCGUCCAAGCACAGGAAUACUCUCAGGUACUUUACAUUGUAUUGGAACUGA